UAAUUUCCUCUUCUAUUUUUUCUUCAGAGGCCCUGCACCGCCCCUAUGGUUGUGAUGUUGAACCCCAGGCACUGAAUGAAGCCAUCAGAUGGAGCUCCAAGGAGAACCUGCUUGGAGCCACUGAGAGCGAUCCCAAUCUCUUUGUUGCACUUUACGAUUUUGUAGCAAGCGGUGACAACACACUCAGCAUCACCAAAGGUGAGAAGUUGCGAGUCCUGGGUUACAACCAGAACGGUGAAUGGAGUGAGGUACGUUCGAAGAAUGGGCAGGGCUGGGUACCAAGCAACUACAUCACACCAGUGAACAGCCUGGAAAAGCAUUCAUGGUACCAUGGGCCAGUGUCACGCAGUGCAGCAGAGUAUCUGUUGAGCAGUCUCAUCAAUGGCAGCUUCCUGGUUCGUGAAAGCGAGAGCAGCCCAGGGCAACUAUCCAUCUCGCUCAGGUACGAAGGACGUGUUUACCACUACAGGAUCAAUACCACCUCAGAUGGAAAGGUGUACGUGACAGCAGAAAGCCGUUUCAGCACACUAGCAGAGCUAGUGCACCAUCACUCAACAGUAGCAGAUGGACUGGUGACAACUUUGCAUUACCCAGCACCCAAGUGCAAUAAGCCCACUGUCUAUGGAGUGUCCCCCAUCCACGACAAGUGGGAGAUGGAGCGGACUGAUAUCACCAUGAAGCACAAACUUGGGGGAGGGCAGUAUGGCGAGGUGUAUGUUGGUGUCUGGAAGAAAUACAAUCUCACAGUUGCUGUGAAAACAUUAAAGGAAGAUACCAUGGAGGUGGAAGAGUUCUUGAAAGAAGCUGCUGUCAUGAAGGAGAUCAAGCACCCAAAUCUAGUGCAGUUGUUAGGUGUAUGUACCCUGGAGCCACCCUUUUACAUUGUGACAGAAUACAUGCCCUAUGGGAACCUGCUAGACUAUUUACGGGAAUGCAACCGGGAGGAAGUGAGUGCUGUUGUGCUACUCUACAUGGCCACUCAGAUCUCCUCUGCUAUGGAGUACCUGGAGAAGAAGAACUUCAUUCACAGGGACCUGGCAGCACGGAACUGCUUAGUUGGAGAAAAUCACGUGGUGAAGGUGGCUGACUUUGGCUUAAGUCGACUUAUGACUGGAGAUACCUACACAGCUCAUGCUGGAGCCAAGUUCCCAAUCAAAUGGACGGCUCCUGAGAGCCUGGCCUAUAACACCUUUUCAAUCAAAUCAGACGUGUGGGCCUUUGGUGUGCUGUUAUGGGAAAUUGCUACCUAUGGGAUGUCGCCAUACCCAGGCAUUGACCUCUCUCAGGUGUAUGAUCUGCUGGAAAAGGGCUAUCGGAUGGAACAACCAGAAGGGUGUCCUCCGAAAGUUUAUGAACUGAUGAGGGCAUGCUGGAAGUGGAACCCACCAGACCGACCUUCCUUUGCUGAGACCCACCAGGCUUUUGAAACCAUGUUCCAUGACUCGAGCAUCUCAGAGGAGGUAGCAGAGGAGCUUGGAAGAACAGCCUCCUCCUCAUCCAUCGUUCCUUACUUGCCCCGGUUACCCAUGCUUCCCUCCAAGACUAGAACACUGAAGAAACAGGCAGAGAACAAGGAGAACAUUGAAGGAACACAAGAUACUGUGGAGCACUCAGCUUCCAGCUCAGCACCAG